CCGAUUUCCUCCGGUGAAAGUACAUUUGCACGCAGGGUUCAGUUUGACACCAGACGGGUUAAAGAUGAGUGACACCUCGGAGGAUGAUAAUGAAAUUUCCUUUACAGUAAAGUUUCUUGGGCGCGUUGAGGUGGUCCGCCCCGAUGGACUACAGAUCCUGUCUGAAGCGGCUCAGAGCCUAAAGACGCCUGAUAAAUUCUCCUCAGAAAAGGCAGCGAAGAAGAGCAAAGUCCAUCUCUUCCUGUCGCUGAGUGGAAUCGACGUGUUGGAAAACAAAACCAAGUUUUUGUUGUACUCGUGCCCUCUGUCCACCAUUUCCUUCUGUGCCGUCCUGCCGUCUUCGCCCAAAGUCUUUGGGUUUGUGGCCAGACACCCUGCAGCAGACAUGAACCACUGUUAUCUGUUCCAGAGCAAGACGUUUUCUCAUGUGCUGGUCUCAGUUAUCGGGGAUGCCUUCCGAGCUUCAAAGAAGGAGGAGAGCAUCAGGGGAGGAAGAGACCUGAUCGUGGAGGCCCUCAGACAUAAGAACAAAAUGCUGCAAAGAGAGAAUGCUGAGCUGAAGAGGCUGCUUGCAGGACAGACUAACUAACUCCUGCUACUAAUAUAUGCGGUUGCACUUCUGCACACAUACACACUAAAACACUUGUAAAAGAUAAACUACUGACCCUGUUAUAUACUGUUUACCCUCAUAAUGAAUAAUAGCAAUAAUUGCUGAUGUGUUAUUAUUCUUUUUCAUGUUAACUCAAUUGUAGGUGUGUUCUUGUGCCUUCAGGAAUAACUAAAGAAAUUCUGAAGUACCACAGAGAAAUACCAUA